AUGGAUUCACAACAAGAUGGUUACUUUACCAAUCUUUUACAAGAAAUGCCCAACAUUGAUGAACAUUAUCUAAUGGAAUCUCAAUAUUUGAAUCAAAGCACUCAAGUCUUCGCCCAAGAAUGUGCGGUACAUGGGAAUGAGCAAAAACGCUCUACCUAUUGGAAAAGAGUGUGGGAUUUUUUCCAUAAGCACAAGAAAUUUGAGUCUAAUCGAAAUGAGAAUUCUCUUAUAAAUCAAUGGUCAGCCAUUCAGCUUCCCAUGAAUAAGCUUUGUGGGUGCUACACCCAAAUUGAAUCAUUGCAUCAAAGUGGCAUAAAUGAGGAUGACAAGAUUUGCAAGGCGAAAAUUAUGUACAAGGAACUCAAGAAAUCUACAUUCCAAUUCGAACACUGUUGGAUUAUGUUAAGGGAUCAACCAAAAUGGGUGAUAGAGUCUGAGAAGAAAAAACAACCAAAAAGACCAAGAACGGGGACAACCUCUUCUCCUUGUACUCCGGAUUCGAUAAAUCUAGGGGAAGACGAUGUCUCACCUAAUGAUUUUGUAGACUUGGAGAGACCAACCGGUAGGAAGGCUGAAAAGGAGCGAUUGAAUAAACGAAAGAACCAAGAAAGCGUACAGUCGAGUAUUACAAAAACUUUGGAGGACAUCAAGCAAGACAAAAAGAAAAUGAUUGACAAGAAAAUUGAAAUGAUUGACAAAGUGUACGUUCAAAAAGAAGUGGAACUUCGUAUCAUGCAAGAAAAGCAUGAGAUGGAACUUCAAAAGCAUGAAAUGGAACUUUUCAAAGAGGACGAAAGAGUUAUUUUGAUGGAUCUCACUGGCUUGCCGGAAAUCCAACAAGAAUUUUAUCGUGCUCGGCAGAUGGAAAUCAUUAAGAAAAGAAGAACGAAAUAGUAUUCAUUCUUUCUUUGCUCUUUAUGAUAUUUUGGCUUUUGUCUAGUAGGCUAGAAACUUGGUAUAUGAUAUUUUGGCUUUUGCUUUUGGUUCUACUUUUGUCUAGGAUAGAUGUUGAACUCAGCAAUGUUUUGGUACACAAUGUUAGUUGUCUAAUCUGAUGCUUUUUGUGCUGUGUUGUUCUACUGCUUUUUGUGUUGUGUUGCUGCCAUUUUUGGCCUGUUUUCUAAUCUAUUUUU